UUUAAUGUAAGAAUGGAUAUCCUGAACCCCGAAAAUAUGCCCGAAGAAAUUAAGGCCAUAUUUAUUUUGCCUGACCCCGAUCCUGAUCGGAAUUUUGUGGAUAACACGAGUUAUCGCCUUAGAGAGCACCUUUCCGAUUCCGAUCUUUCGACCAAUAAGAAUAGCAAAACAUGGGCCCUUAGCGAAUCAAAAUACCUUUACGGUAGGGAAUCUGUAGAAAGGGGUAAAGGAAUUACGCAGAAUUCAAAGAGCAUGCAAGUUUCUCAAAAUAGUAUAGACGGAUCGUAUGACAUAGUAACUAAGACUAAGACGAGCGGAUAUCAUUCCGACAGUUUUACAUACCUUCCGCCACCGCCUCCGCCUUCUAUACCUAUAUUGCCCCCAUCUCUUCCACCUACAUCCCCCCUCACCCUGAAGCCCAGUAAAAAUAGUUUCGAAAUAGGUACUAAAAAAUACCACGAGGACGGAUAUGAAUUAAUUAUAACAAACGCCGACCUUGAAGGGUAUAUUACUAACUCCAUUGCUCCCAAUAAAACUUCCGCUCAUUCCCUUCCAAAAUCGUCUGCUAUUACUGCGUCUCAAUGUUUGGCCGAUUUUAGCGCCUCUCAAAAGGCUGCUUUUAUCGAUCGAAAAUUAUCACCGCUUUACCAGCCUAUGGAAGACCAUUAUUUUGAUAGCGAUAAAACUCCGGACGGCUAUUACUCAAUCGAUAUAAAAAAAUCGGCCGUUAAAUUUUUUUCUCCCGUCACGAUGUUCUCACCGCCUAACUCUCCAGUCAAGCAGGGUAGCAAGCCCACCGGGGUCCUACUUUCAUUAUAUGACCACACGGAGAAACAUGGGUGCGAUUGUUGCUUGAAAUAUCCGGAAAUUAGAAAAAUCUUAAAUUUGAGUUAUUUUGAGCAACCUAGCGAUACCGAAUGUAUGAAUCGUAUGAUAUUAGAUCAAAAGAAGGAAAAAAAAGAAAACGAAACUUCUAGAUUAAAUGCUACACUUAACGAUACCAAGCGAGGAAGCAAAAUCAGAAGAUACAGCGAUAUAGUGGAAGAUAUAUUAGCACGACACAUCAAAAAUAGGCAUAAAAGUGGAUAAAUCGAAGAUUUUAAUGUUUAUAUUCUUUAAAUUAUUUCCAAUAUUUUUUUUUAUAUAAACCUAAUUUUAUUAAAGAAUAUCUAAUCAUACUAACAUCUAUAUUAUAGUAGCCAACAAAAUGCAAUAUAUUUAUAAUUUAUUAAAUAUAAAUACUAUUUAUGAAUUCCAGUCCAAGA